AUUGGAUCUUGGGGGACUGUCUUGGCGAAAAGCCUUGCCCUGUUUGAUGAUCCUCUACCUUACUCUCCGCUCUCCUGUUCCCCAAGCUCAGCUCAGCUCAGCUCAGCUCAACUCAGCUCAGUUCCUCUCGCGUCCACUCACACAGCGGCACUAUUGAAAUCUGUAUGUCGUGCUGUGCUCGGGGAGGCAGGGCCUGGCAGACACUAUUGGGGCCACGAUCGAGCUAUGCUCUUCCAUUUGCUGCUACUGUAUGCUGUUGCUCACGGACGGCAAGUUCAUGGCAUCUUCUUCUUCCUCAUCUCUUCUCUUCUCGACCUCUCCUGAGCUCCUUCCUUCUUCUAUCAGACAUUUUCCCCUUCUUCUUCUGCUUUUCCAUGCACAUAACCACCUCUUUUUCUGUCUGAGUUCUCUGCAUGGCCAUACAGAUCCACAAGCACAUGGUUCUUGUCUUUGGUCUUCGAGAUCAGAUCCAGCUCAGUCCCCCCAAGCUCCGCUCCCACUUCACUUAGAGGCGGCUGCAACGGGAUUCCACGAGGCUACCACCAACUAGAGGCACUAGAGGAGCCACAACUGACCUAUCCCAUCCACUUAAACCUCCUCAAUUUCCUGUUUGUCUCUCCUGUUCGUCCCUGCUGUUCAAAAUACUGUACUGUACGUGCCCCGCCAUAAAGGCAGGAUACCCAGCACCAGUUUAAGGAUCAAACACUUCUCGACUGCGGCACCUACCACUCCACUAUCUCAGCGCCAAAAGGAUCUCCAGACAUCAGUAACGCAUAAGCCCGUCUCUCACUCAUGACCUGUACAUCCAAAACACCAACUGCAAUUCCCGAAUCCUCAGCGUCGGUUCUCUAAGCGCUCAAUCCGGCAAUCCUAGCGAUCACGGGCGCUUCCUCCGUCAAAUCCCAUUGUUACUGGUCAGAAGAACUUCACCACAAUUCCAUCACCCUUCCAAAUACGCGCAUCUCAAACCUCGCGGCUAUCUCAAACGGAUCCGAAGACCGCAAAGGAAAUUCCAUUCCAGAUUUCGUCCAAUCCUUCUACGCAGUUCUCGAAACCCAACAUUAGCUCCCGGAGCAUGCAACCACUCAUUACUAUAAGACCUUAAACCAAACCCUCCCAAAGACUGGAUCUAAUUUGUCGUCGUUGUCAACUUCAACGUCCAUCAACUUAAUAUUAAUACUUCCUCAGGCUGGUCCUUGGACUCAAACAUAUCAAUAUGGAUACCGCACUUAUCACUUUCAUGAUUCAAACCCCCCACUCAACUCAAUCAGUUCAUCUAAUUGGAUCAUGGGACAACUUCACCAAACAUUAUCCCAUGGAACGCGACAUCAGACGGUCACGAUCCCAGUGGCGCGGCUGCUAUACUUUUGAGGAUAUUAUUUGCGAUGGGGAUGGACCGAGUAGUCCUAAACGCACAGGUGGUUUGAAGAUGGGAUCCACUUAUUAUUACUACUACGAGCUGGAUGAUGGAACCGAGCACUACGACCCGUCGAUACCAUCUACCACCGCUUGUCCAUAUCUACCAGGCCAACCAGUCAACCUCCUUUUCGUACCAAUCGAAGUACAACCUCUACGAUAUCGCAGCGCAUCUAUGAGUUCAAUGGCCAAUGGAGAUAUCAAAACGAUGAACCCUGCCGACAAGUUUAUGACACCUAGAGCUCCACCACCACCCCCUUCGCUACCACGUCUAAACACAUCCUCGUCAGUACUCAUGAAGAAACGAUCAGCGCGUUCGCUUUCACCAAAGCCCGAGAAAUCGGCAUGGUCGCCGAGACAAUUCUUCGGUCUUCGAUUGCCAAGUCAGCCUUCAUCACUCCCUAUUGAUACCCGUGGACGGUCGUCCUCGCUGAGCAAGGUCCAUAAUGGAAGAUCAAAUGCAAGCACACCAAACUUGAGAGAGGAGGCAAGGAGGACGAAGUCUGUACCACAUACGCGGGAACCAUCGCCUCAAUCAUUCCAGAAGCUGCAGACUCGAGAUCCUUCGCCAUUACGACAUCUUGUACAGGAGAGCACCACCUACAACACAACCACUCUCGAGAUCCCAGAUGAGAUCGAGGAGGAAGGUGAGGAUGACGAUAACUUCGCUAGCCAACUCAAUGAUAUGUCAUUUUUGGAGAAGGGCAUUACACCACUUGCGCCUCCACCUUCAGCAGGUCUACGUUCUCCACCAGCUCGUCAACGGUCUGGAAGCACAGCAAAGGACAUGCAAAAACCCCUUCCCCAACUCCCCGAAGAAGAACUUCUCCCUCCACCUCUCCGCCUUCGUCCAGCUUUCUCUGCAGCCGACCUUCCUCGCUCCCACUUCUCCACUUCAACGCUGGCGACCUCUCUCACUUCCCCCUCAGAUAGCCACUUCAGCUUCAGCUCCGAACACUCCAUAUCAUCUGAUAUCAAUGAUGACGAUGUGGAUCUCGCAGCAGAUGUUGGCUCUGGUGACGAGUUUACCUACAGUCCUGUUCUGGCCGACAUCCCCAUAGAAGGAUUCACUGGCUACAGCCUCCCGGAAGCCGAUUGUGCCUCUGAACAGACCCUGAGAAAGGAUACUCCUCUCUCGCAGCUCGCACCGACAUCAGCCAGCCGUGCCACAUUUGGUGCCACGCAUCAAACCACAUUCGAGCCGGAGGUCGAGCAAAUGACUGCUCUGCAGCAACUUCUCAGCGAGAUGGGAUAUCUCGGCGAUGUUAUUAUCGGGAAAUGAGCUGCUUGCUCUUUCUCUAUACAUAUUCACGUUACUGUCACUGUCACGACAAAUUAUCUGUACAAAUUGUUGAUCGAUUUUUUCGCUUGUUCAUUGUUCGUUUUCAUUGUUCUAUAAGCCAGGAGCUAGAUUGGAGCGGAGCGAGUGAUCUCUGUAGCUUACUUCCUUUGCCUUUGCUUUUCGGGAUAUUUUGGUAAGAGCAUUUAGCGCGGAGUUCUGGGGUCGGUUGAGACCUUUGUAUGUUUGAUGGAAGGAGCAAUUAGCGUGGGCUGUGGGUGGGAUGGAGGGGAAAGGAACGGAAAAGGAAUCAAAGAAAAAAGGACGAUACCCCAUGACAUAACUAGUUUCAUUUGUUGGAAUACUUCGUGGGUGACAUACGGGAGAUGGAGAAGGAAAUGAAAAGGAGAAGGAAGAAGGACGAUGAGGAAAAAGAUGGAUAUACUUGUGGAGGGGCAAUCGGUGCGCUGAAGUGUGGGCAGCAAGACAAAUAGAUCUGACGAGUAGACGCAGAACCAUGCAGAUGUGUAAAUGAAAAAAAUACAAUCCAGG